AAAUGGAGGCGAGGGAAGCUCAAAAAGUCGAUAUGAAUCCUCUUGCUAGGGUUUUUGCUCUCCAGACUUUAUGAACUGCUUUCCAUUAAUCGAAUUACCUCAUUUUAAUUUUGAUCUCUGAUAGUCUUACGAGAAUAUCUGAAUGAGCUCUCCUAUGGAGGUCAUCGUCCAUAACGCCUCCAAAAACGUAUCUGAAGAGGUAUUUGAAGAGGCGAAUGCCUCCAAUACGGAGCCUGUCCUUUCUGCGAGUGCCAGUUCAAUUGCGCCGGAAGACGACAAGGUUCUCGUUUCAGUUGAGGUUUGCAUGAAGUCUUUUAGCACGGCUCGCUCUGAAGAUGUCCGCAAAGCUGUGGAAAGGAUGCUUGAAAAGAGAAAUUUAAGCUAUUCUGAUGGUCCAGUUCCAGUGCCAGUUGAUGAUUCUUUUCUCACUGAAAAUGUUGAAAGAAUAACCAUCUGCGACACAGAUGAAUGGGUGGAGAACCACAAAAUUCUCUUGUUCUGGCAAGUCAAGCCUGUUGUGCAUGUCUUUCAGCUCAGUGAGGAGGGUCCAGGGGAGGAUCCUAGUGGUGAGGAUGUGCUUUCUAGUUUUACUGAGUGGUUUCUACCCGCCAAAGAAUUCGAUGGAUUGUGGGAAAGCUUAAUCUAUGAGAGUGGCCUCAAGCAGCGGUUGCUGCGAUAUGCUGCAAGCGCCCUUUUAUUUACGGAGAAAGGGGUGAAUCCUUGUCUUGUUUCGUGGAAUAGAAUCAUCCUUUUGCAUGGACCUCCAGGAACUGGGAAGACUUCACUGUGCAAAUCAUUAGCUCAAAAACUUUCCAUACGUUUCAAUUCAAGAUACUCAGUAAGUCAACUAGUAGAAGUUAAUGCUCACUCCUUGUUCAGCAAGUGGUUUUCUGAAAGUGGUAAACUG